AUGGCGUGGGCAGGGCGAAUGCUGCUCUUGCGCCCUGGGCUUUUGUUGCGCCUGCGGGCCCGGCUGCUGCGCGGCUCUAUUUCUGCGCCUGCGCUGUAGGUGAAACAACUACCGCGCCUGCACUCGGUGCGGUUGGCCAGGACGGUUGCCGCGCCUGCGCUUUAGGCGUGACAGUUGCUGCGCAGGCGCUCUGGGUUCUGUGGGCGGGACUGUUUCCGCGCUUGCGCCUUGCUUUGCCGUCGGGAUGUCCUCGCGCGGGUGUAAGGCGGAGGAGGAGCGAGAGUAUCGGGUAUCGGAGCCGCGUCAGCACCCGCAGGGCUUCACCGAGUACCGCGUCACCGCAAGGAUCAUCUCAAAGAAGACGGCCGAUGUCGUAGAGAUAACAGUCUUCAAACGCUACAGUGAUUUCAAAAAGCUCCACAGUGAGCUGUCCUACAUCCACAGGAACUUGUUCAGGAAGUCGGAGGAGUUCCCUGCCUUCCCAAGAGCUCAGGUGUUCGGGCGUUUUGACGAGGCAGUCAUUGAGGAGAGACGUCGCUCUGCGGAGGAGAUGCUGCAGUUCACAGUCAACAUCCCUGCCUUAUACAACAGUCCACAGCUCAAAGACUUCUUCAAGGAUGGUGAGGUUUCCCGGCCCCUGGAACUCGCUGCUGCCAACGAUGCUCCAAGCCUGCCCGCCCCGCUCAUCCCCCUGCCCUCGGGAGAGGGUGAAUUGCCAGGCUCGUGGCCCAGCCUGUCGACAGGGUGGGCAGUAUCGGGAGGAUUGCCCCAGUCCCUGAGCAGAAGCGAGUCAGAUGGAGGAGGAGAGGCAGUUCACACAGCCCUACACGGCCCGAGUCCACACGGACCAGCCCCACACAGCCCACCCCGACACACACCCGGGACUGUGGGUAACUUCUGCUUUGUGACCGGAGCUUGUGUUGCAGAAUUUCUCUGGGAUGAGCUGGAUCCUGGUCAGGGCCAAGCAGAGGAGACAAACUCCCCCUUCGAUUCAGGAACUGAGGAAGAGCGCGAUGAGGCCCAGCUGCAGACCGGAUCCCAUCUCUGUGACACGGAGCUGGCAUUGUUUGACCCAUGUGCCAAGGAAGAGUUCCUACCCGAUGCAAGCCAGCAGAGCAACUUGGUGGCACUGACCGUCGCCCAGAGCAGCACACUACACGCCGACGGACACCUCGACGACUUGCAAAGGCGGCUCCUGCACCUGAGGGUGCAGCCGGACAACGGAAUGUCCGAAUCGGAGCACCCGGGGCCAGACGGGUUGGGUGGUGCCGACUACCUGAGGGCGGCAGCCGACUGUAUCAAGGAGGCGCUGGAGAGGGAAGCCACUGGGGAGUACGAAGUGGCCUUCAGUUGCUACCGCAACGGGGUGGACAUUCUGCUGAAAGGGGUACAAGGUGACCUGAGCGCUGAGCGGCGAGACGCUGUUAAGAAGAAGACGGCUGAGUACCUGAAGCACGCGGAAACCAUUUUCACACUGCACCUCAAGGAUUCACUACCGACGGACGUGACUCCCUCCACAUGACAGUUAACUGUCUGACUGGAGCUAUGUCGGAGACAAGGCCACCAGCUAGUCACCCAUCCAAGACGCGGGCACAAGAUGGCUUCUCUGCUGAUGUCACUUCAUGCCUGAAGAGGUUAAUUAAUAAUGCUUUAACCAAUUGUCUUCCAGAUCAGUCAGCUUGCAGCCCCUUGUGCUGACUGAACCUCACCAUCCCCCCACCCCUGCUCACACAGUGUAACUGCUGAAUAGACUGGCAACCAGAACCCCCUCGACUCUGAGACCCUGGGUUGUUGAGAGAUGGUGAGACUGGCAGCGGCCAUGGGGCAGGAACACAGGAACAAUCAUGGGUGGUUUGCCCUUUCGAACAGAACAACCACGGGAGGCGGAGAUAUCAGGACCCCCCCCCCACCCCCCUCAACUCGAUAGAGAGAUCGGGAACCCCCCCGCCACCUCAACUCGAUAGAGAGAUUGGGACCCCCCCCCACCCCCCCACCACCUCAAGUCGAUAGAGAGAUCGGGACCCCCCCUCAACUCGAUAGAGAGAUCAGGACCCCCCACCACCACCUCAACUCGAUAGAGAGAUCGGGACCCCCCACCACCACCUCAACUUGAUAGAGAGAUCGGGAACCCCCCCCCCCACCUAUACGCGAUAGAGAGAUCAGGACGCCCCCCCAACCUCGAUAGAGAGAUUGCCCCCCCCCACCCCCUCAGCUCGAUAGAGAGAUCGGGAUCACUUACCUUUCCUCACUGCCAGUUUAAAGCAUUUUUGAGCCUUAAUGUUCAAGUUUUUUGACCAGGCUGAUUAUUUUGUGUUGUGCAUUUUAACCACCUGGUUUGACUCCAAUUAAAGCCAUUCCGAACACUCUG